AUGGCCACUCAAGAUGAUACAUAUCGCACUCUCGAGUACAUGCUAUGUGAUAAAAGAGGAGAGCCAUUGAGUCUUAAGCAACACUUUUUGGAAACCAUCACAAACAACUUCUCCAAGGACAACCUUAUUGGUUGUGGCGGAUAUGGGGAAGUAUACAAGGUAUGUGGGACUUUUUCUUUCUAG